GCCGAUGCGCCCUCUUUCGGAAGACUCGCUCAUGUACUUCCAUCCGCAGGGGAUGCGUAACGACGACACCGACGCGCUGUUCGCCGCCUACCUCGACCCUCCCAUGGCGCCGCAGGACGAUUCGCCGAUGUGCGGGGGUGUGCAGCAACCAGUGAAGUCGCCGCUACUCUGUGCGCGCGCGGCCUCGAGUUGGCCGUUGGCCGCGUGUACAUGGUGGCUGCAAAUCUCCGCUACGGCACCACAUGGCGCGACCGCCUCCAACAUGUGCCGCCACCGAUGAGCACGGUGAGCACGUUGACGUACGGCAGGGCACGAUCGUGCCGCUGCGCCCGGGCCCCAAGAGGCUGGACAGCG